AUGCACCAUAACGUUGGAUGCCAACUGCCGAUAAAUCCCACCGAAGAAGAAGAAGACGACGCGAGACUCUUCCCCUCUCUCCCUUCCAGAAAAUUCAGCGUGACUGACGUUUCGUGUCUCUAUAGACUUAAAAAUGCGUUACGUGGCCGCUUACCUCCUGGCUGUGCUCGGUGGCAACACCAGCCCCUCCUCAAAGGACAUCAAGACCAUCCUGGGGAGUGUUGGAAUCGAGGCCGAAGCUGAGCGCCUAGACAAGGUUGUCAAUGAAUUAAAUGGAAAAGACAUCAAUGAAGUCAUGAACUCUGGCCUCUCUAAGUUGGCCUCCGUGCCAGCAGGUGGUGCUGUGGCAGCUCCUGCAGCUGGCGCUGCAGCUGGCACUGCUCCUGUUGCUGCGGAAGAGAAAAAGGAGGAGAAGAAAGAGGAAUCUGAAGAGGGAUCUGAUGACGACAUGGGAUUCGGCCUCUUUGAUUAAUUUUUCUUCCGUGAGAAGUGAAAAAACAAUAAAAUUUGAAAUUGUUACCAGAAA